AUGUCUGCAGGCGAGUCAGAGACCAACAUCACCGAAACGCUUCUGAUAUGUCAAACAUCAGACUGGCCCGUCGAACGCUACGUGUCGAGUGGCAGCGAUCCGGUUGUAGACAGAACGGACCUGUUGGAAAGGCAAAAGAUCAGCAUGUGGGAAUCGCUGGCAGCGUACACGACUCCAGAGAUUCAGCGCGUCGUAGAAUUCGCGAAACGCAUUCCAAAUUUCACUGACCUUAUCCAGGAACAUCAGCUGGUGCUAAUAAAAACAGGCUUUUUCGAGCUAUGGCUGAUCCGGAUGGCGCGCAUGUUCAAUCCACAAUUUUGUACCAUCACACUUUCCGACGGAGAAAUCAUCUGCAGGGACCAGCUGGAGAUCAUUUACAAUACCGACUUGGUUCGCAGCAUUUUUCAGUUCGCAUCCGGAUUCAAUGACCUUCACCUGAACGACGGAGAAAUUGGCCUCUUUUGCGCCGUAGUGCUCCUGGCACCUGAUCGAGUCGGCUUGUCGGACGCGAGGGCCGUGGAAGCCCAGCAAGAAAAACUGAUCGAAGCGUUGAAGCUUCAGCUUAGCCGAAAUCAUUCCUCCGACCCGCAGCUGUUCUCAAAUCUGAUAAUGAAGCUUUCAGAGUUGCGAACCGUUGGUAAGUUCAGCUGGAGUGUGAGCUUCUGAGC